GCGCAUGGGGGGCCGGAAGUCAAGGCAGAGGCGGAGAUAAAUCGGCUUCCGUUUUCUGUUUUUGCUGUAGUGUUUGGGUUUUCUUCGCGGCCGCCCAAGAUGAACCGAUUCUUCGGGAAAGCGAAACCCAAGGCUCCGCCGCCCAGCCUGACUGACUGCAUUGGCACGGUGGACAGCAGGGCAGAAUCCAUUGACAAGAAGAUUUCUCGACUGGAUGCUGAGCUCGUGAAGUAUAAGGAUCAGAUCAAGAAGAUGAGAGAGGGCCCUGCAAAGAAUAUGGUCAAGCAGAAAGCCUUGCGGGUUUUAAAGCAAAAGAGAAUGUAUGAGCAACAGCGGGACAAUCUCUCCCAACAGUCAUUUAACAUGGAACAAGCCAAUUACACCAUCCAGUCAUUGAAGGACACCAAGACCACGGUUGAUGCUAUGAAACUGGGAGUGAAGGAAAUGAAGAAAGCAUACAAACAAGUGAAAAUUGACCAGAUUGAGGAUUUACAAGACCAGUUAGAGGAUAUGAUGGAAGAUGCAAAUGAAAUCCAAGAAGCACUGAGUCGUAGUUAUGGCACCCCGGAGAUAGAUGAAGAUGACCUAGAAGCAGAGUUGGAUGCGCUGGGUGAUGAGCUCCUGGCUGAUGAAGACAGUUCUUACUUGGAUGAAGCAGCAUCUGCACCUGCAAUUCCAGAAGGUGUUCCCACUGACACAAAGAACAAGGAUGGAGUCCUGGUGGAUGAAUUCGGAUUGCCACAGAUCCCUGCUUCAUAGACUUGCAUCAUUCAAGUACAUCGUGUAAAAUAAACACAUGUUCUGGGACUGGGAAAUUUAUCUUUCCAAAUUUACCAUAACAGAUUAAGGUUUCUUUCCUUUCUUUGAAGGAAAAGUUAGACACAUUGUUCUUUUAUUUUUUUUCCGUUAAGAGACUCAUUGUUUGGGGGAUGCUUUCUUCGUACUAAAUUUGUAUUCCUUUUUUCUUAUGAAAGACUAACUUACUUAAAAGUAUCAGUGGGUUUGUGUGAUUUCACUCCUUAAUAAUAAUUUGAGAUAAAAGCAACAAAAUGGGAAUCUUUAGAUUUCAUGGUAGUAUAACUCCACAAUCUCAAAUUGACCUGAUAAAUUGAUAAGGCAAAGAUUACUGAGAUUACUGAAACUUCAGUAAUCUGAGACUUCAUAUUAUGAGAUUACUGAGAUUACUGAGACUUCAUAUUAUGAUUACUGAGGUUACUGAGACUUCAUAUUAUGAUUCAAAACCAUUUUCUAUUGUGGUAUUAUAGUUUGGUUUAAGUGAUGGUCUUUUUUGAUGAGCUUUGUUGUGUCUUGUGAGUAUAUCGUUACUGUGUCCAAUAUUGGAAUGGAAUUAUCACUGUGUCAUGAGUGGACGUUUUGAUUCUAUGGUUCUCUCAGUAUUACAGCUUAACUUGUAAUCAAUAAUGAAUAUUUCUUGAUAUUUAAUGUAUAGGACAUUUAUUUAUACUCAAUAAAUAUUUUUCAAAAGGAUGUAAUUUUAAUAUCACUUCAGUCUAAAACCUCCACUGCACAAACCAAAUUUAGUGUAAUUUUAAUAUUGAUUCAGCCUAAAAUUUCCACUACAGAAAUCUAUUUACCCAGUGGCAUUGUGGUGUAGAGGAAAGAGCAAGGAACAAUCAGGCUUGGGCCCUGGGUCUACCAUCUAAUAACGACUAAGUAGUCUACUCACUUCUCUAAACUUCUAUUUCCUUAUUAGUAAAGUCAUGCUUAUCUCACAAAGCUCUGUGAGGAAUAAUUGAGGUAAUUGUUAUGAGUACUUUAUGAACUGCAACGUGUUAUUCUCAUAUGAGGAAUUAUUAACAAAAAAACUGGGGCUCAUUAUUUUCUUGAGAGAUGCCUGGAGCGCUACAGCAAGUUCAAAUUCCUGGUUGAUUUCGGGGUCUUUAAUGAUCCAUCCUCCUAGCCUCACUCAACCUCUCACCAAUAGCAUUCCGUUCUCCAGCCUUGCUGGGUACCUCACAAUGCCACAUGCACCAGCCUUUCAUGUAUCAGCAGGUCAAUCCAAUAAACAUGUAUUGAACGCCC